UUUUUAUUGAAUGAUAUGGACAAUUGUUAGCAUUCUUACUAACAAUUGUCGAAAAACAACAAUUAGUACUACUAAAGAUGAUGAUGAGGGGCAUUAUCACAGUGAUUAUGAUAAUAUUGGUUUUGAUGAAGUUAAUGGCAAUCACAAUGAUAACAAUAGUAAUGCUUUUGAUAACUAUCAAAUAUAAAGAUGAUAAUAACAGUUCAAAAAACAGUAUCAUCAGUGGUGAUAUGGUUAUAAAAAAAUAGAAUAAUCUAGAAUACGAAAGAAACUGUAGCAAAAUAUGAAUAUCAGUGUUCAGGUGAUCCUUCUCUUUACAUCUAUGCUCCCUCAAGGAUGUCGUGAACUUUGGCAGAUUUUUGAGCAGAAGAUAUUAUGAUUUUAGACGAUGGUAUAUUCUUCAUGGUAUUCUUUCAGUACAGGAACGUUGUGUGUGUGUGUGUGUGUGUGUGUGUGUGUGUGCGCCAUAUUAGCCAUAUCUCAAACAACCGACGCCAAUUUCGCAAUAUACCAGGAAGUAUAUUUUUUUGUCUUUUUUCAUUUCGUUUUUUUUUCUCUCUCUCUCUCUUCCUUCUUUUUUUCUUUUCUUAACCGCAAAGUACCUAUCAGACUCCGAAGACGUGCUACUUAUACAGAUAAAUCUUUCUAUUCUCUUCCUUCACACUCUUUGAUCUGCGGUUGGCGUGGCCUAAACUGGUCAUGGUGAAAAAUUGUUUUCUGUCGUGCACGAAAACGAAAUUUAGAGUGGUCCGAGUGAAAAAAAUAUCAAAAGAAAAUAUGAAUAAAUCUACGAAACACGAUUCUUACACAGGGUAUAGAAAAGGACACAAAAGACAAUAAAAAGAGAGAAAGAAGAUAACAAAUAAACACGAGAAAGAAGAAAAGAGGGGGGAAAAUAAUCGAAGCAAAAUUAACAACACCCCUUACACUACAACCCACCAAAAAAUAUUAAUAAAUAAAAACAACGCGAGAAGACAUCAGUCCCAUAAAAUAAGAAUCAACAAGCAUUUUGAGGUGUACUUUGGCACCUAAGAGUGGGAAGGUGCGUGUGGAGUGCAGUUGCGUGGCCAGAGUGCGUGAUGGCCUCUGGGAAGCUCGGGCUGGUCCUCCGCCUGCUCCUACUCAUUACCUGCUCCUUGACCCAAGCAGAGAGCGACGGGAACGCGAGCUGCGAGGACCUCGGCACGAAGAACAGCCACUUCGAGUGCACUGAUGCGGGCGAGGUGCGGUGCGUGGACGGCUGGGAAGGCGAGGACUGCGACGUCCCCAUAUGUCGCGAGGGAUGUGAUCCUGUGCACGGCUACUGCACUCAGCCGGGAGAGUGUCGCUGCUCCUUAGGAUGGCGCGGUGAGAAUUGCAGCGAGUGCACGCCCUUGCCAGGUUGUCAACACGGCUUUUGCAACUCAACUAGCUUCGAGUGCCUGUGCGAGGAAGGUUGGGACGGCCUAUUCUGUUCUCAGCGUAAGUGCAAAGAAGGCUGCCACGCCACACGAGGCUACUGCGACCUUCCUGGGGAAUGCAAAUGUCGCAUCGGCUGGGGCGGCGACACCUGCCAGGACUGCAAGCCGCUGCCCGGCUGCAUCAACGGCCACUGCACGAAGCCCUUGGAGUGCCGCUGCGACCCGGGCUGGACGGGCCUCUUCUGCCAAACGCCUGUCUGCGCCCCCAACUGCAGCAAAGAGCACGGUGCUUGUGUGGAACCUGGAGAAUGCAGGUGUGACGUCGGCUGGUGGGGCGAGAACUGCGACACCUGUUUCCCUUACCCCGGGUGUAAACAAGGCUAUUGCACGCAGCCCUGGGAGUGCCUGUGCAACCCUGGGUGGGUGGGCAUGCUCUGCGACCAACCUGACAACGGCGGCCACUGCAACGAGCACCCGGAGGCGUGCCUGAACGGCGGCACGUGCAUCGACGUGCCCGGCGCCCGCAACUUCACGUGCUCGUGCCCGUCGCUCUUCACGGGGCAGCGCUGCGACUACCUGGCCGACCUGGACCAAACGACGUCCUCGUCCUCGCCGGAGGCUGCGGGAGAUCCCGACGGCGUGCAGGUCGUGGCGGCCGAUUCCUCGUCCCCGAAGGGCACGUACUCCCUGCUGCAGCCCACGCCCGUGCCGGGGAGGGCCUCGCGCAUGAACCUGACGAAGGACGAGCGGCGCCUCCUCCUGCAGAACACCGCCCGCAUCUCCUUCCGGCGGCCGAAGCUGGUUUCGGCGACCGACAAGUCGGGCAACCUGCCGUUCAAGGUGUUCGAGAGGAAGCUGAUCCCGCUGCCGGUGUUCCUGCCGCGUGUCAGCGAGAUCAUCCCCGGCAAGGAGGGCCCCGUGCGCCUCUUCAAGACCAUCGAGAAGAAGCCCACGCCCAUCCUGGUGCUAGACAGCGUGCCGCAGGACGAGAAGGAGAACAUGCUCAUCACGAAGGCCUCUCCGGAGGAGUGCGACCCGACCCCCGACGACAACCAGCUCGACGAGAACCGGCGUUUCAUCCGGCACCAGGAGGGCGGCCCGGACCCGAGCCAGAUCGUGGAGAGGCAGCCGGGCACCCGCGCCCCUCGCCCCUCGCCACGCCCCUCGGGCCCCUCGGGCCCCUCGCCGGACCCUGCCUCCACUUCAGGCCCGGCUCAGCUAAGGUCUGCGCCCUCGAAGCUCAUGAGGAUCCGAGAGCGGCCGCUCUUCGUCAGCGCCCAGGCCAGCGCCCUCCCGAGACCCAACCCAGUCAGCCCCGCCACGCUCAGAACGCGCACGCCGCCGCCGCUGCCGCCGCAGUCCCCGGCCAGCAGCAAGCCCACGACGACCACCGAGCGGUCGCACGCGCCGCCGCAGGACGAGCCAGCGUGGCCGGCCAGCGAGGCCGCGCCGGAGGGCCGCGAGGUCCCCGCGGAGCCGCGGACGUACUACGAGCAGAACUCCAAUGGGCGCGUCCACAUCGGCGACGUGAGCGAGGUGGACGAGGGCGCCCCGCACGAAGAGAUCUACGACGCCUUCAUCGAGCUGAAGAAGGUGUGAGCCUCUAAGGAUCCCAAAGUCCCUCACAGAAUCCAAGGACUCCGCUGCCUCGAAUUUCCUGCAGCCUUUACCCACUUGUGAUAACAGCUGUCGACGUCACAGUCAUUGAUAUUGGGUGGCGAAGGACGAGGGAGGCGUCUUCCCCGCGAUGUGUUUGCUUUAAACCAGCGAGCGGAGUCGAACACUUGUGUAUAUAAGUAUAAGGUUGAAAGAAAUCAAUUGUUGUCUACGCAGAUGUGUAAUAGCGUUCUUUCUUUCCCUAUUUUUCUUUUCUUUCGUCUCCCAUUUCCUUCCUAGAUUUAUAUUUUCGUGUUCCCUUUACUUCAUAUUCACCCCAUUUCCCCGCUACUUAACGCACCUCAGUAAGUAAUCAGUAUUCUACUAAAAGUCUUCGUUUAUUAUCUCAGACAGACUGACUGUACCUGCCAAGGAGGCCGAUUCCCUCCGCACAUAGUGGUAGUUCUUGACGCAUGUUCACGUGGAAAAUUUAUCCGUAUAUGCAUACACGCAUCCAUAUACAUGUAUAUAUGUUUACACACACAAACAUACACAGAUACACACACACACACACAAAC